AUGGCCUCCACGGGAGCCGCCGCGGACGGGCUAUUCCGGUGUGUUUACGAGGGGUGCAUCGCAGGGUCUGAUGUAGGGGUGGAGCGGAGGCCUUACCACCGCAACUGCGGGUGCGCGCUGCAUAAGAAGUCACGUAACAAACAAUGUACGCACGGAGGGCCUAAGUGCAAGAAGGUGUCAUAUCCAAUGAGGCGGGCUUGGAGCGAGGGCUCUUUGGCAUUGGUGGCUGCUGCUUCUGCUCACUCCUCUCCCUCUUCUUCACCUGCUCAGCAUCAUCAUGUGGUGGCGGUGGGGAGGCAGCAGCAGCAGCAUCCUCAAUUGGGUACUUUGUGUGAUGAUGAUCAGGAGGAGGAAGAAGAUGAGAAUAUUGUUUUCUUCAAGGUUUGA